CGCUCUAGCGCUGAAGGACGUCGUUUCAAAAGAAGUCUCAAAUCCCUGGCUCGAGAAAAGCUAGAUAUGGAGAUCCAAAGUGAAGCUGGUGGACAUGAUAGCGGUGAAGAUGCUUGGGCGGCGAUGCGAUUAGUGUUAAGAGCUGUGAAAUCAGCUGUGCCAUAA